AAUCCGUCAGAUGUCGCUAGCGCUGCUUCCUAAAGUCAUGGCGGAAUAGUUCUAAUAAUUCAACGAUUUAUUCAUAAUUCGUGGGUAGAUUUGUUAUUAUUACCGGUGUCGAAAUAUUAAACGCUUAUCCUGUUCGUAUUCGUAUAGUGAGAGUCUAAUAAACGUUCGACCGACACCUUACCCGAAUAUUGCCAACAUUGUUGAAAAGUAAUUUCAGUGGUAAAUAUUCGCCAAAUAUUUAAUACAGAGCCGCUCUAAUAUUUUUAUUACGUUUAGCAUGACGCAAUAGGUUCUAACGACGUCAAAAUAUUUAGUGCUGGAUAUAAAGACGGUGGUUAUGAACGAAGGUUCCCCAAUAAUGUACCAUGGGAACGGCUACGGAGGAGGAGUGUAUAUGGUCCCUGGCCAAAUAGACAGGUCACGGCAGUAUCCCUUGGAGAUGCUCCAAGUGCUAAGCAGCGCUGGGCGCGGCAACGGCGAGCACGGUCAAGGAGCGCCGCGGCGGUGGCAGGCGCGCCGGGAGCGUCAGCCCAGUAACAAGGACAAUACCGCCUUUAGCUACGACUCUGAUGAUUCCAGUUUAUCUAGCAAUGCAUCUGGAUCAAAUAAAUCUAGUGAAAAGGGCGAGGGCAGUUCCCGGGCGGAGCGCAGCACUGCACAAUCGGCAGGGGACGCAGCACCGGUGCAACAACAGCGCGAAUGGCGCGCAAGGCCGAAGCGUGACUUCCGUCCCCGCAGGAUCCCCCUCGAGCGCUUCGCCACCGCAGCAUACCCCUCACAGAUUAAAUUCACACCUGAUGAUUUGCUCAAUGGAUCAAAGUGGGAUUCCCUGUCGCAGGAGAUUUGGGACAAGUUCAUGAAGUCGCAGCAGACAGACGAGACAUUCAGAAAGAAGAUGAACUUGUGGCGCUACCUCAGCAUGGCCAUUAGGUCGAUGUUCCCGCGCUACUCGCUGUACGUGGUGGGCUCCACGAUGUCGGGCUUCGGGCUGGACAACUCCGACAUGGACCUGUGUCUGCACGUGCGCGCGCACCAGCACGUGGAUGCGCGCGCGCAGGCUCUCCUGCACCUCAACUACCUGCUCGAUUACAUAAGAACCUUCGACUCAGGUGCGGAACUGAUCCAUGCGAAGGUGCCGAUCCUGAAGUUCCGCGACGUGCGCAACGGCCUGCAGGUCGACCUCAACUGCAACAACGUCGUCGGCAUCCGCAACACCGACAUGCUCAUAUACUUCUCCAGGCUGGACUGGCGCGUGCGGCCGCUGGUGACGGUGACGAAGCUGUGGGCGCGCGCGCACCGCAUCAACGACGCGCGCCGCCGCACGCUCUCCUCCUACGCGCUCACCCUCAUGGUCAUACACUACCUGCAGUGCGGCACGAGCCCGCCGCUGCUGGUGCGGCCCGAGGCGGCGCACGAGCGGCGCGCGCACCACAACCGCGCCACGCUCGCCGAGCUCUUCCUGCACAUGCUCAAGUACUAUGCGGACUUCCCAUAUGAACAAAUGGCGAUAUCUGUCCGCGUGAAGAGACUGCCGCUGGCGGAGUGCCGCGUACACGACCCGCACCAGUGGAAGUGGCUCUGCGUCGAAGAACCAUUCGACUUGUCGAACACGGCGCGCUCGGUGUACGAUCCGGAUAUGUUUGAGAAGAUAGUGUCGACGUUCAGGGAGAGCUACAAACGGCUGUCGGCCGGGAUGCGGCUGGCUGACGCGUGGCCCGCCGCGCCGCACGCCGCGCCGCACUCCACCCCGCACGCAGCGCCGCUCGCCGACCGAUGAUGGCCGGCCUGCCCGCGCCCGGCCCUGCGCCCACACCGCACCGCACCGCCAGUGUACUGUGUCACAGUGUCAGUGUUAGCGGCCCGAGCCCAAGCCCGCGCCCGUGCCCGUGCCCGUGCCCUAGUGUCGGCGAUCGCCAAAUUAUCUGUAUCGGUCAAUGCGGACUAUGAAAGCUUUGGUACGAUUUCUGAUGGGGUUAUGGAUCUAUGUUCCCGAACACGUGGUACCAUAAAUAUUGUGCUAAAUUGGCCACAACAGGACCUGUGAUUGCUAUCACUAUAUAUCAUUGGACAGCGCUGGUGACGGGCACCGGAGCCGAUCGGGUAUCGUAACCUCCCUGGCUGUGAUAAGCGACUGAUGUCCUUAUGAGUAAGUCCUAGACUAAGCGUUGUUAUUGUACUUAUGUCUUUGACAUGACUUCGUAAAGUUGGAUCCUAAAGAACAAAUAUUAUCAAAGAAUUAAAAAUCCAUCGUACAAAUAAUGUGACUAAAUUUCCUAUCAAAAUAACGCGAAAAUACACAUAAUGCUUAUUUGAAUAUUAAUUACACAGUGUGGUAUUUUGAAGGGGCAAUUAGUCGCAUUGCAAAACGAACUCCUAGUCGUAGAAAUUUUUAGUGAAUAGCAAGAGCUGGACUAUUAGUUCCUAAUGUUAUAGUCAAAGUUACACAACUCCACUAUUCCAGCCACUGAUAACGGGUUGCAUAUUAUAGUUUAAUAUUUUAUAUUGUACAUAGAGCAAAUGCCACUAUGAAAAUUAUAUGUUUGAACCCAUAGUGCCAUAUUAUUAAGGUAUAUCCACAUAACUUAUUCGGGACUGGCAUCACUUGUGCAUUUAAUGUUAAAUCUUUGGUUAAGGUUGAGGAAAUUCUGGCUAUAGUUGGAAUGUGAGAAGUUCCGCUCGAAGACAUAGUCCGGAACAAAGUGUAGUUGAAGUGUUUGUGGCAUGUUUGUUGUGCAACUCGCUUCACUGAAUUGAGAUAAUCCCAAAUUUUUCUCUAUGAUUUAAAUAUUUGAAACAACUCCGAUACAAAUUGAAAUAUUUUCUAUCAUUUCUUAUAAUAAUUUUAAAUAUA